AUGCAACGAAAUAUUUCAUAUUUUGAUACCAAGCCAACUGGUCAGCUCAAUGCCAAACUAUUCAAUAAUGUUGACAAAUUGGAAUUAGGCAUUGGUUAUCGUUCAUCAAUAAUGAUAACUGUAGCUAUCAGUGUUACUGGCAGUAUGUUUGUGGCUUUAUAUAUCAGCUGGAAAUUGACAUCGAUCAUGUUGUACACUAUACCCUUGGUCUACAUGGGUACACACAUAUUUUUCAAGGUAUAUCUAUUUAUUUUUCAUGAAUUUUAUUUCUUUAUAUCGACCAAUAGGUUAGUGCCAAAGAGGCAAUAAAUGAGCUGAAUUCAUACUCGAAAGCAGGACAAAUCGUUCAGGAAGUGUUUAGUUCUCUUCGAACUGUUCUUUCCUUGAACGGUAGUAAGUUCGAAGAAAAACGGUAAGCCGAUAUAUUUUUUUUACAAUUGAUUCUGGAAUUCGUUGAUUCUUACUGUUAUUCGUUAUCAAACAGAUACGAGAAAGAAUUGGACAGCACUCAUUGGAGUACUGUACGCAAAGGUGCCAUUUUAGGAACUCUAUCUGGUUGGUUAUAUUUCAUCAAAUAUUUAAUUUAUUCGUGUUGUUUCCUCUUCGGCUUUUUCAUCAUGCACAAGCAACAGGAUGAUAAAACUUAUAUCAGCGAUAUUCUUGUGGUAAAUCAAUGUUGUUUUCAUGCGAUAGAAGUAUUAUUUUCUAUCAUCAUAUGUAGAUAGCUAUUAUCUUUGGACAAUGUAUUGCUAAGAUAUCGUUUGUCACUCAUUUCUUACAAUCAUAUGCAGAAGCACGAGGAGCAGCAGCAUCAGUGUUUCGACUUAUAUCUGAGGUAGAUUUGUAGCUUCAUCAAACGCUUGUGUCGAAGUAUGGAAUUAUUUUUCUACUUAUGUAUCAUAUUCAGACAGAAGGAUCAAAUGCGAUAGAAACCGAACUAUGGAUGAAUGAUGUGAUGCAGGACAAAGUGAUUAAUAUCAAUGGGGACAUUCAUUUUGAUAAUAUCAAC